CACUUUUUCAAAUCUAAAGUUUAUGAGAUUAUAUGGCAAUCAAAUUUCUGGUCACAUUCCUUCUAACAUUUACCAACUCACAGAGCUCAAAGUUCUAUCCAUAUCUCUCAACAACAUAACUGGAGAGAUACCCACAAAUAUUGGUUGUCUAGCCAAGCUCGAGGCAUUCCAUAUUGGAUAUAACAAAAUAAAUGGGAUUGUUCCCCUUUCAUUGGGCAAUAUUUCAACUCUGCAGUAUCUUAGUUGUCCAAACAAUCACAUAGAAGGGCCAAUUCCUCGAGAAUUAGGGAAACUAUCAAACUUGAGGUUGUUAGAUUUUCAAGAAAAUUAUAAUCUUAUCGGUGAAAUUCCAAAGGAUGUUUUCAACAUUUCUUCUAUGGAAGUUAUUUCCUUGAAUUUAAACAACCUCUCUGGUAGAAUUCCAGCCACUACAGGUCUUCAUCUUCCGAACCUUAAGGAGCUUUACUUGGCACACAAUCAGAUCGAGGGGCAAAUUCCACCAUUCAUAACAAAUGCUUCCAAGCUUUCUGAGUUGGUGCUAGCUGCAAACAUUUUCACUGGAAACAUUCCUAAUAAUUUGGGAUCUCUUCGUGAGCUGGAAGGAUUGUUCCUAGUAGAUAAUCAACUCAUCAGUGAACCAAGUAAACAUGAGUUAUUAUUCUUAAAUUCAUUGGUGAACUGCAGGAUGUUGCAAUAUCUAUCGGUGGGUCACAAUCCGUUAAAUGGAAUUUUUUCCAAUUUUGUUGGGAAUCUUUCAUCUACCAUUGAAUACUUUGAAGUAGCAAAUGCAGGAAUCAAUGGCUCCAUACCCAAAGGCAUAGGCAACAUGAGCGGUCUAUUGAUGCUGGACUUUCAGAAAAACAACUUGAUGGGGAGUAUUCCUUCAGAGGUUAGUAAGCUUAAGAAACUCCAAGGGCUAUAUCUGAAUAACAAUAAAUUGCAAGGAAAUAUUCUAGAGGCAGUAUGUCAAUUAUCUAAUUUGGUUCAAUUGACUUUGUAUGCUAAUGAGCUCACUGGCGUGAUCCCAGAAAAUAUAGGAAAUCUAAGCAUGCUACAAAAACUUUGGUUGGGUUCCAAUAAAUUUGAAUCAAAGUUACCUCUGAGUCUUUGGCAAAUGACCGGUCUUCUUCAUCUAAACAUUUCACGGAAUUCUAUACAAGGGGAAGUUCAACAACAUAUCGGAGAACUAAAGGCCAUUGUGGUACUAGAUCUUUCUAGUAACAACUUUUCAGGCAUGAUACCAAGCAGAAUAGGGGACCUCGAAAACAUGCAAUAUCUUUCCCUAUCAAACAACUCCUUUUUGGGUUCAAUUCCAUUAUCUUUUGCAAACUUGAUAAGUGUGGAAUUUAUGGAUCUGUCAUUAAAUUCCAUUUCAGGCACUAUUCCUAAGUCAUUGGAAAAACUUUCACACCUUAAAAGUAUUAAUGUUUCAUUUAAUGAUUUAGAAGGUGAAAUACCCAGUAGUGGUAUGUUUGCGAAUUUCACUUCGCGAUCUUUCAAAGGGAAUAGAGGUCUAUGUGGAAUGCACUUUUUGGCAGUUCCUGCUUGCGCUAUCACCAAUCCUAGACAUCAUGCAAAGUCUAGGCUUAUGCCAAUUGUUACCCUGGUAGUUUCUUCAUCCUUCCUGAUAUUUUUAUUGGUCUCAAUUUGGAUAAUGAAACAACAAAGGAAAGGAAAGUCAAAAGAUGUAGAAAAGGUACCAAGUAUCACGACUUAUCCAUUGAUUUCUUAUCGCGAGAUUCAACGUGCAACAAACAAUUUUGAUGUAUCAAAUUUAAUUGGUGUGGGAGGUUCUAGCUCGGUGUAUAAAGGCACAUUAUCAAAUGGAAUGGUGGUGGCAAUAAAGGUUCUGGACAUGCAAAACGAGGAAGGUGCUAAAAGAUUUGACACUGAAUGUGAAGUGAUGAGAAAUGUUAGACACAAAAAUAUUAUUACAUUAAUUACUACUUGCUCUGGCAAAUACGUAAGAGCCUUUGUCUUGCAAUAUAUGCCCAAUGGGAGUCUUGAGGAUUGGUUGUACAAAGAAGAGUGCCACUUGAAUCUCCAUCAAAGAGUCAUCAUAAUGCUUAAUGUGGCUGUGGCAAUUGAGUAUCUACACCAUGGUUAUGACACUCCAAUAGUUCAUUGCGAUCUAAAGCUAGCCAACGUUCUUCUGAAUGAAGAUAUGGUGGCUCAUGUUGGUGAUUUUGGCAUCUCUAAAAUCUUAGCGGUAAGCAAGGUCAUGACACAUACAGAGACAUUGGGCACUCUUGGUUACAUUGCACCAGAAUAUGGCUCAGAAGGAAGGGUGUCCACUAGUGGUGACGUUUAUAGUUACGGCAUCAUGUUGAUAGAGGUAUUGACAAAAAGAAGACCAACACAUGAAGAGAUAUUCAAUGAAAAUUCCGAUUUGAGGCAGUGGAUAAGACGAGCAUUUCCAAGGACUGUGGCCAAAGUUGUUAAUGCUAAUAUUUUUCAUGAGAAAGAACAUAUGACUUCCCAAUGUGAAACCUGUAUAGACACCAUGAUAGAGUUGGCUUUAGACUGUACAAAGAAAAAGCCAGAAUCGAGGAUAACCAUGAAAGAUGUUGUCAAGAGGCUUACCAAAAUCAAGAACACAUUGGAGACAUAGAAGUUCGAAUCUCUGAAAAUGGUGUUCUUUCGGAACUGCAAGUUAAUAUGUUUUUUUUUUCUUUUUUCGUUUACCUAGUCUUCUUAGUAAAAUCAUCCCUACCUACUUAGAGUACUCCUGUAAUGUGUAAUGUAUGUAUUCAGAGUGUUGCAUUUCCUAAUUUUAUAAUUCCUAUUUGAAUGGUUUUUAUUUUGAUUUGGAGACUUUUCUUUUGCUAGUAAUUAUGGUAUGAAUGCUUGAAUAAAUCACAA